AUGAAGUUCGUCCGUAAAAAUCUUGUUCCCAAUGGACCGGGUAGCGUCAAGAUGAUUCCAGAGGAGCCUGAUGACCUCUGGCUUUCUUAUAAUCUGAUCACUGAAGGUGACACCGUUAUGGCCGUUACUAUGCAGCUGGUACGAGAGAAGCUCGAUGAGAUGCAAAAACUUUACACGGAUUUCAAAUCCACAACACACUCUACCUUCAACUAUGUGAUCUCAGCCAUUGAACAACAGGUAGACGAACCAGAAGAUGAAUCACUAGAGGUAGAAGACGAGAUAGCGUCAUUUGAAGUUGAAGAUCCACUUGUGGAAGAUUUUAAAUCAGCUGAUCUCUUCAGUGAACCGAUCGAUUUUAUUUUCCCGAGUCACUACUUCAUCAAUGAACUUCGUGUCGUGGAUUUCAUAUCAUUCGAUCUUGGUUUUGAUGGUGACUUCAUAUAG